CCAAUCCUGGCAGUUGUAUACCAACAACCUUUUUCUUAACCAAAAUGACUUUCAUACCAAAAAUCGUUCUAUUUUUCGCCCUUUCGUCACUCUGUCUGGCGAAAGUCGACAUUCUCUCGGACGACUUCAUAUCGUCAAUCAACGCCAAGCAAAGCACUUGGAUCGCCGGACGUAACUUCCCUGAAGACACUCCACCAGAAAAGCUGAAACGUCUUGCCGGAAGCAUCCGUCCCUCCGGAGACGAAAAAAUUCCCCUGAAGGUACACAAAGUGGUACCUGAAGCUAUCCCCGAGACGUUCGACGGUCGAACAUACUGGUCACAAUGCGAGUCUUUGAAGAACAUUCGAGACCAAGGCAACUGCGGCUCUUGUUGGGCUUUCGGUGGUGUUGAAGCCAUCACAGACCGAAUCUGUAUCGCUUCCAAUGGCGCUGUCAAGUUCAAAGCUUCACCUGAAGACGUUUUGACGUGUUGUGGAGAGGCAAUGUGUGGGAGCUGCGACGGAGGUACGAUUAGUGGUACUUGGCAGUACUGGGUUGAAAGCGGGCUGGUUUCUGGCGGCGAUUACAACUCGAACGAGGGUUGCCAACCGUACCAAGCGGAUCCUUUCAAAGACAACGUGACCCCCGCUUGUUCUAAGACCUGUCUGAAUAGCAACUACGGCACCUCUUACAGUGCGGAUAAACACUACGGGAAAAGUCAUUACCGAGUUUCCAAUGACGUUCAACAAAUUCAAACCGAGAUUAUGCAGGGAGGGCCGGUGGAGGUACAUAUGAUGGUUUACGAAGACUUUUACAGUUACAAAUCUGGUGUUUAUAGACACACGUCUGGAGAUGAAUCUGGUGGGCACGCUGUGAAAAUUAUCGGAUGGGGCACCGAGAACGGAACUCCGUAUUGGUUGAUCGCUAAUUCGUGGGGCAGCAGCUGGGCCGAUUUGGACGGGUUUUUCAAAAUUGUGAGAGGGGAGAAUCAUUGCGAUGUUGAGACGUUUAUCUACGCUGGGGAACCUAAGCUGUAAUUGUUUUCUUAACUAACAAUAUUGUAUUAUUUAUAAAUAAAAAUUUUCUUAAAAAAAAACACAA